GGACGGAUCGUCUUGAACCGACUGAAAGAGCGCUGCGCACCAAGUUGGUGAACGCAGCAGAAAUUGGCCAGAGAGGGGCUGGGGGAGUCUUUCUGGGGUUCGAGGGCAGGCCAGCGUUCCUGUUUCUAUGGCGACUUCCGAACCGUUCCUGUGAGGUUCCGGAAGUAGCGCUUUAAUAGGCCGCGGUUCGCCGUGGAAUGAGGAGGUGCCGUUCUAUCUGAUGACCGUAGCUUGUAAUCUGCCGAGAAAAAAACAUCUAAGAUGGCUUCAGUCCCUACUUCACAUUCAUCUUCCAAGCUAACUGUAGCAUCACAAGUCCCAUUUUCAGAUCUCUGUUCAACAUUAGAACAAAUUCAGAAGUGCAAAUCUCGACAAAACAAAACAAAGUAUUUCAAGGAUUUUCUAGAUUCCUGGAGGAAAUUUCAUGAUGCUCUUCAUAAAAAUGAGAAGGAUGUGAUAGAUUCUUUUUAUCCUGCAAUGAGGCUUAUUCUUCCACAGUUGGAAAGAGAGAGGAUGGCCUAUGGAAUUAAAGAAACAGUGCUUGCUAAGCUCUAUAUUGAAUUGCUAGAUUUACCCAAAGAUGGAAAUGAUGCUUACAAACUUGUAAAUUUUCGAACACCCACUGUCUCACAAGGAAAUGUUGGAGACUUUGCUAUGAUUGCCUACUUUGUUUUAAAAGAAAGAUGCUUCAACAAAGGUCAACUGACCAUACAACAAGUAAAUGAUCUUCUAGAUUCUGUUUCUAAUAAUAAUGCUGCCAAAAGGAAGGAUCUAGUUAAGAAGAGCCUUCUUCAGUUAAUAACUCAGAGCUCAGCACUAGAACAGAAGUGGUUGAUCAGGAUGAUCAUAAAGGAUUUGAAACUUGGUGUCAGCCAGCAAACCUUACUUUCUAUUUUCCAUCCUGAUGCUGUAGAAUUGCACAGUGUCACAGAUUUGGAAAAGGUUUGUAGGCAGCUGCAUAAUCCUUCGGUGUCACUUAGUGAUGCUUCUAUUACAUUAUUUUCUGCCUUUAAACCAAUGCUUGCUUCUAUUGCCAGUGUGCGCCAAAUUGAGAAACAAAUGAAUAAUCAGACUUUUUACAUAGAAACCAAAUUAGAUGGUGAACGAAUGCAGAUGCACAAAGAUGGAGAUGUUUACAAAUACUUUUCCAGAAAUGGAUAUGAUUAUACUCAGCAGUUUGGUGCUUCUCCUCUCGAAGGUUCAUUGACUCCUUUCAUUCAUCAGGCCUUUAAAAAUAUUCAAAACUGCAUUCUGGAUGGUGAAAUGAUGGCCUAUAAUCCUACCACCCAGACAUUUAUGCAGAAAGGAAACAAGUUUGACAUCAAAAAGAUGGUGGAGGAUUCUGAAUUACAAACAUGUUUCUGUGUAUUUGAUGUUCUUAUGGUCGAUGACCAAAAGUUGGGUCAUGAGAUGCUGAGCAAAAGAUACAAUAUAUUAAAUACAAUUUUUACACCAAUAGCUGGUCGAGUGCAGAUUGUUUCUAGAAUUCAAGCCAACACACAGAAAGAAGUAGUAGAUGCCCUAAACGAAGCCAUUGAUAACAGAGAAGAAGGAAUUGUAAUAAAAGACCCCAUAUCAAUUUACAAGCCAGAUAAGCGUGGGGAAGGAUGGCUGAAGAUCAAGCCAGAAUAUGUCAGUGGGUUGAUGGAUGAACUGGACCUUUUAAUUAUUGGAGGCUACUGGGGUAAAGGUCUUCGUGGUGGCAUGAUAUCUCAUUUUUUAUGUGCGGUUGCUGAGACUCCUUUGCCUGGUGAAAAACCAUCUAAAUUCCAUUCCAUUUGUCGUGUUGGUUCCGGUUGCACUAUGAAAGAACUGUAUGAUCUUGGCUUAAAAUUAGCCACAUAUUGGAAAAAAUACGAUAGGAAGGUUCCACCUUGUAAUAUCUUAUGUGGUGUUGAGAAGCCUCAAGUCUAUAUUGAUCCUUGUAAUUCAGUGAUUGUUCAGAUUAAAGCUGCUGAAAUUGUGAGUAGUGAUAUGUAUAAAACAGAAUGUACAUUACGUUUUCCACGCAUUGAAAGAAUAAGGGAAGAUAAAGAAUGGUAUGAAUGUAUGACUCUUGACCUUCUAGAACAACUCAGAAGUAAAGCUGCUGGGAAGCUUGCUACAAAACACCUUGAUGUAGUUGAGGAUGAACCACAAGAAAAGAAGCGUAAAACUCUGGCAAAAAAUAAAAAAGCAAUUGGUUUAAUGGAACAUUUUAAAGCACCAGAUCUUUCUAAAAUAAACAAAGUUUCUAAUAUUUUUGAAGAUGUUGAGUUUUGUAUUAUGACUGGGACACCAAAUUAUUCAAAGUAUACCUUGGAAAGCAAAAUAGCAGAAUACGGUGGCAGCAUAGUUCAAAAUCCUGGGCCGGAUACCUACUGUGUUGUGGCAGGAACUAAGAAUGUUAGAGUGAAAAAUAUUAUUUAUUCCAACAAAUAUGAUGUUGUGAGAGCAGAAUGGCUUUUACAGUGUUUCCAAGCUGGAAAGUUUGUGCCGUGGCAACCUGCUUUUAUGAUUCACAUGUCUCCUGAAACAAAGCAACAUUUUGCUUAUGAAUAUGAUACUUAUGGUGAUAGUUUCACAGCUGAUACUGAUCCACAAGAGUUGAAGGCAGUGUUCUCAAGAAUUAAUACCUCUGAAGAGAUUUCUCAAGAUGUGAUUGCUGGCAUAGAAGCCCGUUAUUCUUGGGAAAGUUCCCUAAGUAUGUUCAGGCAACAAACCAUUUACCUGAGUCUUUUUGAUGAAAUGGGCAAUUCAAGGGACAGAAUAAAUCAAACCAGAUGUUUAACUGUAGAGUUGCUACUUCGUUUUCAUGGAGCAAAAGUAGUGUCACAGCUUGAGGAAGAUGUAUCCCAUGUAAUUGGUGGAGAACAUUCUGAUUUGAAGAAAAUAAAAGCCAUCAGAAGGACUUUUAAGAAAAAGUUUAAAAUUGUUUCUGAGCAAUGGAUAAAGGAUUCUGUAAAAGCUGGAGAAUUACAAAAUGAAAACUUGUACAUAAUGUAAGAUUUUAAUUUGUAAGAAAAGUCUUGUUAGGAUUGUGCAAAACGUUUGAAAGUGAUUUGCAGUAACAGGAGCAGGAGUGAAGUACAUCUCUUUCAAAAUAACCAUGCUUUCUGCAAGAUGAGGUGGCUGCUUCCAAAGUUGUUUUCAGAGCACACUCUUAACCUGGCAGAAUGUAGUUUUUGAAUGUGUUGCACAAUGCAAUUCUUUUAAUAUUCCAACUCUCUUGAAGGUAUGUGAAUAAAAGAAAAAAAUGCUCAGGAAAAUGGGGAUGAUUAUUUCUCAGUCUUAGGUUUUUAUCUGUUUUACCUAGCUUUUAAUGUAUUUCUAGGGAAACUUGUAUUACUCAAUUAUAUUUAUUAAAAUGUACAGAUCCUAAAUAAAUUUUAUUAUUUGCAGCCAAUAGGGCUAUAUGUUGAAAUUUCCAAUACUGAAUGUGGUUUGAGAUGUGGUUUAAUUGUUUUAAAAAGUAUCAUCUAUCUAAAUCCGUGUUUCAUUCAUGUUUAAUGUAUUAUUGUAAUGAUGAAUUUUUAAAUAAAUGGAUAUGUAUCCUCAGAA